ACCGUUUAGAUAGAAAAUUGUAGAAAACGGCGUCGUUUUAUAUAUGCAUUCUUCGUUCCCUUCGAGAAGAACGUCUGUUGUUUCCUCUUUCGCAUGUGAGUAAAGUUUCUAAGAAUAUCAGUCCAAUUACCGACCCAUAAAGAUUCUCUCUCUCGCUUGCUCGCGCGCUCUCUCUCUCUCUCUCUCUCUCUCUCUCUCUCGCUUGCUCGCGUUUGAGCAGCUAAUUGGCCCUUUUGGACCCAAAUUUUUUGAAUCUAGGGUUAGGGUUUCUGCAGAAAGAUCAGAAUCUGGGAAACCGUUUUGCGGGUGGUUCGAUUUCUGCGCAGAAAGCUCCUUCUUUUUCGUGCACAGCUGAAAAUUUUGGGGUUGGGGACGAUGAAAAGAGGGAAGCUUGAUACGGUAGUUUCUGUAACUCGGCUGAAAUCGAUUCAGGUCUUAAUGGGUGUGGUGUUUCUGUAUCUGCUUUUGAUGAGCGUGGAAAUCCCCUUUGUUUGGAGAACUGGGUUCGGGUCGGGUGAGGGGUUCAUCUUCAACGAACGGAUUAGGUUGGAAGGCGUAGAGCUGGGAAUGGCAGGCGAGGAAGCUUCGAAUCUACCCGAAGCUAUCUCUCAUAGAACCUCUCAGGCUUCGAUGCAGAGUCGAACCACAAAGAGGCGAAUGAGAGAGUUCAAAAAACUGUCGGGUUUGGCUUUUAACAAGGAGACUGUGUUUGACGGUGACGGUGGGUUCUCUGAGCUUCAGAUGUCCGCGAAGCAUGCGUGGUCAGUGGGGAAGAAGCUCUGGGAGGAGCUCGAGUCGGGGAAGAUAGAGAUGGAGUCUGCGAAAAAGAAGGCAGACAACAAGUCCGAGAUGUGCCCGGAUUCGAUUUUGCUCUCUGGGUCUGAAUUUAAGAAGCAUGGUCGAAUUAUGGUGAUUCCGUGCGGGUUAACUCUUGGAUCGCACAUUGGGUUCGUUGGGAAGCCUCAUCGUGGUCACUUGGAGCUCGAACCGAAGAUCUCUUUGCUCAAAGAUGGGGAUGAUCCUGUUAUGGUUUCGCAGUUUAUGAUGGAGUUGCAGGGUUUGAAGACUGUUGAUGGGGAGGAGCCGCCCAGGAUAUUGCAUUUUAAUCCUAGAUUGAAGGGGGACUGGAGUGGGAAACCGGUGAUCGAGCAGAAUACCUGUUAUAGGAUGCAGUGGGGGUCGGCACUUCGGUGUGAGGGCUGGAAAUCAAAGGCGGAUGAAGAAACUGUUGAUGAACAGGUGAAAUGUGAGAAGUGGAUUCGUGAUGAUGACAAUCGGUCAGAAGAAUCAAAGGCCACAUGGUGGUUGAGCAGGCUGAUAGGGCGAACAAAGAAGGUGACAGUUGAUUGGCCGUACCCAUUUGUAGAGGACAAGUUGUUUGUUCUCACCCUAAGUGCUGGCUUGGAAGGUUAUCACAUCAAUGUUGAUGGGAGGCAUGUUACUUCUUUUCCUUAUCGCACUGGGUUCGUUCUUGAGGAUGCUACUGGACUGUCUGUAAAUGGGGAUAUUGAUGUGCAUUCUGUUUUUGCUGCCUCCUUGCCCACUUCACAUCCAAGUUUUGCCCCACAGAGGCAUCUUGAAAUGAUUGCUCGGUGGCAGGCUCCUCCUCUCCCUGAUGGACCUGUGGAGAUUUUCAUUGGCAUCCUUUCUGCUGGUAAUCAUUUUGCUGAACGCAUGGCCGUGAGGAAGUCUUGGAUGCAGGAAAAAUCAAUCAAAUCUUCAUUUGUUGUUGUUCGUUUUUUCGUUGCACUGCAUGGAAGGAAGGAAGUGAAUGUGGAGCUUAAGAAAGAAGCUGAGUAUUUUGGCGAUAUUGUUAUAGUACCUUACAUGGAUAAUUAUGACCUUGUUGUAUUGAAGACUGUUGCAAUUUGUGAAUAUGGGGUUCACACAGUGGCUGCAAAAUAUAUAAUGAAAUGUGAUGAUGACACGUUUGUCAGAGUGGAAGCUGUGCUCAAGGAGAUGAUGAAAAUCUCAGAUAGCUUGAGCCUGUAUGUGGGAAACAUUAAUUACUACCACAAGCCCUUGCGUCAUGGUAAAUGGGCUGUAACAUAUGAGGAAUGGCCUGAAGAAGAUUAUCCACCGUAUGCGAAUGGACCUGGAUACAUUGUGUCAUCUGACAUUGCACAAUUCAUCGUUUCUGAGUUUGAAAAGCACAAGCUGAGGUUGUUCAAGAUGGAAGAUGUGAGCAUGGGUAUGUGGGUGGAACAGUUUAACAGUUCAAGGCCAGUGGAGUAUCUGCAUAGCUGGAAAUUUUGCCAGUUUGGGUGCAUUGAAAAUUAUUUAACUGCACACUACCAAUCUCCAAGGCAGAUGAUUUGCAUGUGGGACAAAUUGCAAAAUGAAGGAAAAGCCCACUGCUGCAACAUGAGAUGAUCAUGAUCAUUAUUGUGAGUCACGUUCUAAUUACAAUACGGAAAACUUGGUAAGAAGAUGCACAGGAUACAAGUUUUGCAGACAUUAGAAUAUCCUUGUAUAUAUUAGUUGUGGGUUAAGUUAGAUGAACUAGUGACUUUCAUUUUCCCCACAUUCAUUCAUUUUUUGCACAUUUUCUCCCCCCUCCCACCCCCUAGCCAAUUUUCCUUUUUACAUCUGUAGGAUGGUGAGGAAAAGGAUUGCUAAUGGGAUCUACAUGGUGAAUAUUAGCAAAUUCUUGGUUCUGUAACAUAGAAAGAAACCACAUAAGCAGAAUGGAAUGAAAAUAUUUCACGGUUUUAAUGUAAAA